AUGGAUACCACUUUUCUUGUCAUGUUUACUUUCCUGUUGUUACAAAUAUUUGGUACUAGCAGCAGUUACACCAUGAUAACGACUUCUUCAAACGUUACAUGUAUCAAAAGAGAGCGCGAAUCCUUGCUUAUUUUCAAACAAAGCCUCAUUGACAGAUUAAAUCGUCUGUCAACAUGGACUGGAGUAGAAUGUUGCCAGUGGGAGGGAGUUGGGUGUGACAGAAGAAAUGGUCAUGUUGUGAAACUUGAUCUUCGAACUCCAGUGUCUUUCACGGGCAGGACUGUAUACGCAAACAACUGGCUCGUAGGUGAGGUAAGCCCUUCGUUACUUAAUUUGACGCAUUUGCUUUACUUGGACUUGAGUGUGAAUAACUUCUCAGGAGAUAUACCAGAAUUCUUAGGGGCGUUUAGUUAUUUAGAAUACCUUAACCUCUCUCACUCAGGAUUUGGCGGUGUAGUCCCUCAUCGUCUAGGAAAUCUCUCAAGGUUACAAUAUCUUGAUCUUAAUAGUAACAAUAUUGUCAAAGACAGUGAUGGGGUCCGGUAUUCUUUUGGUGAUUAUUCUUUAGUCAUGGAUGAUAUGUCGUGGGUAUCUUCAUUAUCAUCGUUAAAGCACUUAGAUUUAUCAUGGGUAUCUAUUGGUACCGAUACUGAUUGGUUCCAUUCAGUUAACACGAUACCUUCUUUGCUUACGUUGAACUUGGCCUCGUGUGAUAUCAAUCUCCCAUCCAUUAAGUUUACUAAUCUUACGUUUCUUAGUUCACUUGAUCUCUCUUCCAAUAAUAUCGAUUCCACCAUUCCUGUCUGGUUAUCCAACCUUACUAACCUCAUGCAUCUAAAUCUUAAAGAUAAUUCUUUCUAUGGUCAAAUUCCAGCUUUGCUUGGAACAUUGACCCAUCUUGCUUACGUCGACCUUUCUGAAAAUUAUUUUAAUACCUCCAUCCCAGAUCUGUUUUCGAAUUUGACUGGCCUCGUUCAUCUAGAUCUUAAUGCAAAUCAGUUCCAUGGUUCAUUUCCUCCGGAUAUGAAGCUAUGCAAUUUAAGUUUUCUUGACUUAUCGGCGAACCGCUUUGAGGGAGACCUUUUGAAUUUUAUGGGAAACACUUCUGAUUGCAUGCUAAAUAGUUUAAAGUAUCUUAACCUUGGAUACAACCAGUUCAACGGAAGCAUUCCAAUAAAGUUUAUGGAAAUGAAGAAGCUUGAACACCUUCUCCUUUUAGUAAAUGAAUUUUCUGGUCCUAUACCUUCCUCACGUGGUGGUGUGUCAUGUCUAAGAGAGCUAGAUUUCUUUUAUAAUCAAUUAAACGGGACCAUACCAGCAAGCUUAGGACGAAUUUCAACAAUGGAAAAAAUCGAUCUUAGUGCUAACCAGUUGAGCGGGAACAUGCCUGCAAGCAUUGGACUACUCUCGAGGCUAGAAAGGCUUGAUCUUUCGGUUAAUCAGUUGAGUGGGAACAUACCUGCAAGCUUUGGACUACUAUCAAGGCUAGAAAAGCUUGAUCUUUUUAUGAAUCAAUUGAGUGGGAACAUACCUGAGAGCAUUGGACUACUUCCCAGGGUAAAAAAGCUUCGUUUUAAUGAUAAUCGGUUAAGUGGGAACAUUCCCACGAGUUUUGGACAACUUUCGACCCUUGAAAGCUUAGAUGUCUCCAAUAAUUCAUUAGUUGGGGUUCUAUCUGAAGUUCACUUUAGCAAAAUGAAUAAUCUAAGUGUCUUGGCAUUGUCUUCAAACUCAUUAUCAUUUACGGUAAGCUCUCAAUGGGAGCCUCCCUUCCAAUUACUUGAAUUUGAUGGAGACUUCUGCAACAUUGGACCUCAUUUCCCAAACUGGCUUCAAACACAAAAAAAUCUUCAGACAUUAAAUCUUUCAAAUUCAAAUAUCAAAGAUACCAUACCAGAGUGGUUUGAGGACAUCUGCUUGUCUUCUAUUUCCAACCUGGAUUUGUCCCACAACCAGAUUAGUGGCAAACUGCCAGCAUUUCAUGGCUCUGGUCCAUUAAGUCUUUUGAAGAUGAACUCAAACAAAUUUGAGGGAUCACUUACUUCAUUUCCUUCAAAUGUCAUGAUUUUAGAUCUAUCAGAUAACUUAUUGUCUGGACAUGUUCCUCAGAUCAAUGCAACGAUGAACCCAGAUUUGAAUAUUCUUAGUCUUGCAAAAAAUCAUUUCACGGGCUCUGUUCCAAUACAUUUCUGCAACUUGUUUAGUAUCAAAAUUUUGGAUUUAUCGCAGAAUAAGUUCUCUGGAAGGCUUCCUAGUUGCUUAGGUAACUUGAGUAGUUUGCGAGUGAUAGAUGUUACAAAUAACAUGCUAAGUGGUAUUGUUCCAGAUUCAUUGGGCUUUCUUACACAACUCAAGUCAUUGCACUUGCAUAACAACAAAUUUCAGGGGAAUCUCCCAUUUUCUUUUCAGAAUUUGACAGAAUUGGUUACCUUGGAUUUAGGGUACAAUUCUUUCACGGGUAUUAUCCCAUCUUGGAAUGUAGAAAAUCUUCCGAACCUUAGAAUCUUGAAUCUCCAAUUAAACAAGUUUACAGGAAAAGUUCCGCUACAACUUUGCCAACUCCAUGCUCUUCAACAUUUAAACUUGGCACAAAAUAACAUAAGUGGGACAAUCCCUCAUUGCUUCGGUAAUUUAAGUGGUAUGAUGACUAAUCAAGUUAACUCAGGAUACACAAUCGAUUACUAUGAUGAAAAUAUUAUGGCUUCCACGAAGGGAAAACAAUUGGUGUACACCAAGACGAUACAGUUUUUUACAUCCUUAGAUCUUUCAAGCAACAACUUUGUUGGAGAGAUUCCAAAUGUAUUGAUGAAUCUUGUGGGAUUAAAGAACUUGAAUCUUUCGAGAAACCUUCUAGAUGGGCAGAUUCCAAUGUCGAUUGGAAAUCUAAAUCAAUUGGAAUCUUUAGAUUUCUCGAUGAACAAGCUUUCUGGUCAGAUUCCUCAAAGUCUGUCUAGUUUGAACUUUCUAGGCUAUUUGAAUUUGUCAUUCAAUAACUUAUCUGGUGCAAUCCCGAUUGGAAAUCAGCUCCAAACUCUAGUCGAUCCAUCUAUUUAUGAAGGGAACUACGGACUAUGUGGACCGCCGCUAUCAAGGAGUUGCAAAGGAAAUGAAGCCUCAUACAAUCAUGAUGAUGAAGAUGAAAGUCAAGAUGAAGCUGAAGCCUUGUGGUUUUAUAGUGGCAUGGCUCCGGGUUUAGCUGUGGGGUUUAUUGGACUAACUAGUAGCUUGUACUUUAUCAGGGUUUGGAGGUUGGCUUACUUUGAGGUUAUCGAGAAUGUUUACGGUUGGACAAGGUUGUUAAUUCUAGUGACUCUUGCUCGACUACAGAGAAAGUUUUUCUAGCAAGUACUCUUGGAUUCACAAAAAGGAAAUUUCUAGGACCUCUCAUGCUAUUUCUCGAAGUUACAAGUGAAGGGUGGCAUCUUGUGGAUACUUAAAGUCAAGAGGGCCAAAGGAACCUUAAAAUUCUGAUCACUCCCUCUGUCUUCCUGAGUCUGUGUAUUGUUCUUUCAUCUUGGUGCUCUUUUUUUGAACAUUUGAUUUGUGGUAUUCAGUGUACAUAUGUCGUUUACUAUAUU